CUUUUGAGGGCGCUAUGACACUUUUGUGGACGAGAUUCUUAUCACGGCCCGGCGAGAUAAAUUUAUCAUUAGCGGUGUUAUUGACGAGCUUAAAUUUAACAUUAUUUCUAAGUACAUCGAUUAAUUUACUUUUCACAUUCACACCAGGCUACCUGAGACGUGUUUCACCUCGUUUGAUGGGAAAACGGUCGAGAAUUGAUACCAGAAUGAUUCGAUUUUCGUUGAGAACUUUAGCAUUAGUUACUUCGAGUUGUCCACUCGUUGGUUUUGUAUUGUGUGUUGUCAUUUCAAUUUGGAAGGAUUUUAGUGGAGUUAAUCACACGCAUUGUAAUGUUUACAAUUUCCUACCCUCAAUCAGUGCUAGCAUUGGUAACUUCACCCCACAGCGUUACAUAUGGCGUAUCGCCGUAGCAUUACACGUCACUCCAAGGAUUCUCUUUGCAUUGCUUUGGUACACAUGGCACAGUCAGGAUCUGCAUAACUGGAGCUCCAAUCCCAGCUAUAGGACCUUGUGUCGUGUCAAUCUGGGCUUUUGUCUGACGGAGUUGUCUUGUCUGGUUGGUCUGACAUAUGUCUCCUCCAACGAUGAUUACAGUAUUCAUGAGAAAUGUUUCAUCUUCUUUGUUGUCUUUGCUGUGCUGCACAUGAUCACAACAUGCUGUCUGUGUCACAAAAGAAAAGCUCCCAUGCAUCGAUUUUCCUAUCGUUACAAGCUCUACAUGUUUGCCACAUUCAUAGCGUCAAUCAUCAGCUUUUCAUAUCUCUUUGAUCGACACAAUCGCUACUGUGAACCAUAUGUCUAUAGCAUCUUUGCAUUCUUCGAGUAUCUCUGUGUCUUCAGCAACAUUGCUUUCCAUACUACCUUAAUUUUUGAUGUCAGAGAUCACGCAGUCAUGAUUAUCAACCCUGCUCAGAUUGGAGAUGAGCUAAAUGGCUGCCUAUCCAGCUGAUCAGAAUAAAUAAAAGACUACCGACUUAUGAAAAUAAAACAAUAUCUGUAUGUAAAUUAUGAAAUUUGUGAUCGUACAUGCUUAUUUAUACUCUUCAUUUUAGGUAGUAUCAGAGUAAAUUAAAUGGUCGUUGUUAUAGUACAUGUAAGAAAAAAUUCUCUGCAAUAUUUGCCAGUUGUAAAAAACUCAAUUAAACCUUGCUGCAAUUUAAAGAGUGUAUCUUUUGUGCAUAAAAUGAGUAAUAUGUUUAUUAACCUUGAGCACUGUAUUAAUGCAUACCUAUUUGUAUAAAUGUGUUGUAUUAUUACUAUGUAACUGCAAUACAGGUUAACAAAAACUAUACCAUAUUUUAGAAAUUUUGCUCAACUCACAAAUAGAUAAAGGACACGCAAACCACUUGUUUUGCCAAGGUGUCCCUCACCAUGCACAAACUUCAAAAGUAUGAAAAUGUAUAUGUAUAAAACUCUGUUGAACUUUUUUAAUGGCCAAGAGUUGAAAGUAUUUCGUAUGUAUAUUUUGAUCGUUGCUCAACUCAAGUUAUUCAACUCCUUCAGCAGUCACUAUAUUUUGUUGACUUAUUACUUUUAAAAAGAAGGGUCCAUAUAUUUUUUAAGCAGAAGUGUUUGUUUAUUUUCAUUGUGUUAAAGACAUUAUAACAUGUUUUAUGGCCAAGGUGGUUAUAUGUCUUCACAUUUUCUGUUAUUUGCUAUUACAUUCUUACAAAAGUGUUUUUUCCAACUCGAUUAAGUUACGUAAUUUGCACUGUUUCCGAUGUGUCCAGACUGUCACUCACGCUAAGGUCUACCUCAUUUUUUUUCAACGAUAAAAUCUCAAAAGUUGUCAGAUGUUCUUUUUUUAUCAUCUUAGAUCUUUCAUCUUUUACAAGCCUUGACUAUGUUUAAUGGGAACAGUUUGCAAUACCUUGACUUACCAAAGCGCAAAAGUGUAUGUUAUGUUAAAAGAUGAAUGUUAAUGACUAGAACAUUGUUAAGUGAAAUUGUUUGUAAAACUUAUAUCAUGUCAAAAUGAUCAUCUAAUUAAUAAAACCUAAUUAUAAUUAAAUGACAAAAUUGUAAGUUUUAAACCUGUAGUAAAUGUGUGCUCAUCUCUAAAUUUAUAUUAAAUUUUUUAUCGGAGGUAUUUCUCAUGUGAUAAAUCAACUCUUAGGGAAUCUAAAAGAAUGAGUAGCUAAUUAAUGCAAGUUUUGUGGUCAAAUGGGUUAAAACUCACAAAUUAUUAAAAGUCUCUACAUUCCAACCUAUACGUGUUUUUCAGAAAAUGCCAUAUAGUUACAAGUAUUGACGGUUUGUUAAAAAAAUAAUAAUUCUGGUAACUUCUUUUAUUUUUCAAGAGUUUAUUUAUUAUACUACUUUAUAUAGUUGUCUUCUUUUAGUUCUGUAAAAUAUAACACUUGUGGGAUUUACACCAACAGAAAUGCAAUAUUGGGCUGCACCAGCUUGCUAAAGUUAAAUAUAAAUGUAUCUAGAAAAAGCAUUUUCUAGAAAAAAACUUAACAUGGAUAGAAAGCUGGAUAGUAGGGCAAAAACAUGCAAUCAUCACAAAGUUUCUAACAUACAUGUACAUACUAGGAAAAAAAUGGGAAAACAAUUCUUGUAGUACUCAACAAAUAUAUUAUCUUGUUGACCUUUAGCAUUACUUAACAUAUUUGGGCUUAUAUUUUCACAGUUUGUCCAUCGGAAGAAAACUUAAUGUAUCACCAUGAAUAAACUAAAAGUGCAAGUACUGAAA